UUUACGAUCAUCAAAAAAUAAUUCGUAAAAAAUAUAAGUGAUCAAAAUUUUCCCAUUUCAUCCCUUCACAAAGCAUGUAACUACCGAAUUUAAUGCGAUUACUUCGUUGCUUAUUAUCCAAAACAUCGAUUGAGGGAUGAAUCUCCGCAACGCAAAGAAAAUCUUGUGCAAUUCUCUCUACCUACCUUUCCACACACACACACACCUCGCCUAUCGAUGGAAUUACUGUUCCUGGCAAACGCCGCAUCAAAAAUGUGCAUAGACCACUUAUUUCAUGCAGCAGCAGUAGCACCGGAACGACAAUACGACAUACGACAAAAAACUGAGACUAACUAGGGGAAAAUUAAACAUGCGCAAUAUGGUAUUGCAUGAAAACAUUUCUUCUUCCUAAUUCUAUCACGUUCGUCGUCGUUCGGCUCAACCUCGACGUAAAUAAUGCACAUAAGCGUACCUCUCUCUCUCUACUAAGUACACUCCAAAUGCUCGUCGUCGUCGACAUUCGUGUUCGUAUGCUUCCAACUUUUUUCUGUUGUUUUGCUUUUUCUCGGGGUACAGACGUUUUAUUUUAAGUAUUGAUCCAAAUUUUCGCUCAUCGCACGGGAUUUUUCGCUUUUCGGGACCUGCGGAAAAUUCAUUUUUAAGCAAAUUGGCGAUUUUUGAGUGUGGCAGGGGGGAAAAAUCGUCGAAAAGUGUCGCGAUUACAUAAGAAGAGCUUCCCGGACCUGCAUUGAUUACGGCGAGGGCCGAAUAUAAAGCCGACUUAUUUUAAUUUUGAGCAUGCGCUAUCGCGGUAUCGUCUCAAUUUGUGCAUCUGUGUGAGUUUGGAACGACGACGAGUGUGUGUUUCGUCUUUUUUACUCUACGGAGCUCGAGUCUAGAGAAAGACUCAUGUUAAGCUACAAAACACAAAAAUUUUUGUUGUGAAAGAGGGAGAGAAUCGUCGUCGUCGUACACUCGGUACACAAAUAAAUUUUCAUUUGACGCAUAGUUUUUCAUCUACUCAAGCAGGUUGGGUUGUUGCGGGAGUAAAGCAAGGAAAAAAAUCACAUUUAAUUUUAAGUGUCAUACAUUUAGUGCCAUAAAAAAUAAAAAGAAAUCACAUCAAAGUUCGCAUUGCAAAAUUAACGGAAUCACGACACAACAACAACAUGCAACGAAGACUGUCAAAACCAAAGAGACACCUUCCCGGUCAAUGGACUUCAUACAACAAAGUGCUUGUUGGCUCAGGCAAACGUCCUCAUGCACGUAAUCCGAAUUUCGAUUGGGAGGAAACAAAAUUACUCAUUUCAUUAUGGGGCGAUCCAAAGGUCCAGCGAACGUUAAUAACAACGCACAAAAAGUACCCCGUCAUUGCUCGUAUUGCGGAACAGAUGCGAGAACAUGGCUACAACCGAACACCCGAAGAGAUCAACACACGCAUCAAAAACCUCAAAUGUUUCUACAAUCGCGUGAAAAAAGACAUGGAAAUGGGAGUCACAACGACCUCCAAUUGGAAGCAUUACGACGACAUGGACGAGAUCUUAAGUCGUCCCAUCUUUGGCAAUAACGCUCGAAUGACAGAAAACAGCUUAGCAUCCGAAUCGCAAUCAUCACAAAGCCCCAAAGAUUCUGUCGCCCAUCUGGUUGAACCGGAAAUGCGAAUAAAAGAGGAAAAUUUCACGGAUGACGAUCAAACAGUUACCAAAGGAGAUAUUGAAAUCGCCGCGUCAAGCAGUAAUAACGAGCUAAUUGUGCCGAAAGACGAACCUCUCGACAUUGACGACGGAAAUUUGCUGGAUUCGGAGAUGGAUGAAGACUUUGACGACGAUUUCGCGGAAAGUAAUGAUGAGCAUCAACAACAACCGCCCGCUAAAAUGCCCCGAAAUGAGCUUUCGAUGAGCAAUAAUUUACCGCCUUUGGAUAAAUUACAAUCGCGUCCCGUCGAAAUCAAGUUAAUUGAGCAAAAUAAUCGCGUUGUGAUGUCCCAAUCGAGUGCGGCGACAACAUCAAGUACCUCAUCGAAUGCCGGAAAAAUUUCUCUUGUGCCGACAAACGUUUUAUUAAAGCCGAAAAUCGCACAACCGACCGCUCCAGCGCCCAUUAUCACCGUAAAUACUCAGCAACAGCAACAAUCGUCGCAAGUUUCGAGUCAAAAUAGCUCCGCAGCGACGUCGCAAGCGAUGAAAGUCUUGUUUGUGAAUGCCAUGCCGAAUGCGGCGACAACUCAAGCUGGCUCUGCGGCACCUCCAACGCAAACUGUGACCAUGACAGCGACGCCAAUGGUCAAUAAACCGAAAGUUAUGCCGCCUUUGCAUCCAACAAUCCCGUCGUCGACGCGAAUUUCCGUGAUUCCGCAACCAAAUCCGAUGGCGAUGGGACCAAAAAGUGCAGCGCAAAAAGGAACUGGCUUCAGACACUUGCUUUCGCAACUCAUUCAGCUGCAAAAUGAUAAUUUACAGAUGCAACGUCAACGCCUGCAUGUCGAGAAGCAACGACUUGAUGUCGAAAAAACGUUCGGAAAUCGCAUCGUCGAUCUCCUGACAAACAUCCAACGACAAAAUACUCAAUUUUUGGCGAAAAGUAUCCCGACGACGCCAACAACUACUUCGAACUACCGUCUGAGACGAGAACGGAAGAUAAAUAAUAUGAGCAAUCAUGACAGCACUGACGAGGAAGAACAAACCGGGAAAUAAACUUUUAUUUCGAUUUUUUUUUUAGUAAAAAUGUUGAAUGAGUGAAUUUAAUUUAUUUGUAAAAAUG